GUCCUGGUUAGGCAGGCGGUGAUGGCUGGUAGAAUCGCCUCAAGUCAUAACCAUUGACCACAAGGUCAGUACGUAGUGGUGGCCCGUGCCCCAUCCGAAUCCCCAAUGCCACUCCCUGUUCAUCUCUGCGCUCACUCGGCUUUUGGUCUUGGGAAUUUGCCCAUCAUUUACUACGAAAGCACGGCAUUGCAUUCCAAGGCCCGCAAUAUCCCAAAGAACGGGGCGUGCGAACUUAAGCACCCAACCAUGGCCGAAGUUAGGAACGAGGGCAGUUCGGUGGCAGAACCCCUCGACCUUGUGCGGCUGCUGCUUGACGAAGUGGUUUGCGUGAAGCUCAGAGGAGACCGGGAGCUCAAGGGCCGUCUCCAUGCUUAUGACAGCCACUGCAAUCUCGUCCUUGGUGAGGUCGAGGAAACAAUAUACAUUGUUGACGAGGAGGACGACAGAGACGUCAAGACCAUGAGCAAGAAGUCUGAGAUGCUAUUUGUGAGAGGGGAUAGUGUUGUGCUUAUUGCUCCUCAUGCAGGGUCUUUCUGAUCAUUGAACUGUCUGGGCGCGUUCCCGCAAGCGGGUGGGACAAGCGGCAGGCGAGUUCCCCAUCUCGCAACUCAUUUGGCGGCGGAGGUGAGAACGAAGUCUGUUGAGAAAUAGAGAGCACACCAUAAAUAGGUUCUCAGACAAAAAUAGUGGCCGUGGUUGGCUUAGUAUUCGUCCUGGAUAGGCGAGCCAAACAACCAAACAUCGGUUUACUGCUGCCAUAUUAGCGUGUUACCGUUGUCGCAGUCUCACAUGUAUUCUCUUAGUCUGCUGAACAAGUUAACGUAUCGAUGACC